AUGGCUGAGCAACCCGAUCCAUAUCCUUUCCCAACUGGUGUUCAUAUCACUAGCUCUGUCACAAUCAAACUGAGUGACAGCAAUUAUCUUCUAUGGAAAACUCAAAUGGAGUCGCUUCUCAGGAGUCAAAAACUUCUUGGUUUUGCUACCGGUCAGAUUCUUCCUCCACCGGAGCAGGUGACAACAGUCGUUAACAAUGUUCCGGUACAAACACCAAACCCACGUUUUGAAGAAUGGACCUGUACAGAUCAGCUUGUCAUCUCUUGGAUCUAUGGAACACUGACUGAAGAAGUCCUUGGUACGGUUCACUGCUUGACUACAUUUCAUGAUGUUUGGUUUUCUUUGGCUGACAACUACAACAAGAGCUCCAUUGCUCGUGAGUUUGAGCUCAGGCGUUCUCUUCAACUGAUGUCCAAGAAAGGUAAAGACUUUGCCACUUAUUGUCGUGAGUUUAGAGCUAUCUGUGACAAGUUGAGCUCUAUUGGGAAGCCGGUUGAAGAAUCUAUGAAGAUCUUCUCGUUUACCAACGGUUUAGGACGAGAAUAUGAUCCCAUUAUCACUGUCAUUCAGAGCUCCAUGACUCGUGUUCCUGCUCCAACUCUGAAUGAUGUCAUCUCUGAAGUCUCUGGCUUUGACACUCGUCUCCAGUCUUACGAAGCUACAUCUGAUGUUCUUCCUAACAUGGCUUUCCAAACUCAAAGAGGCUUCUAUAACAACUACAACAGAGGUCGUGGUAACAAUUACUCCCGUAGUCGUGGUGGUUUCUCAAAUCGUGGUGGCUACUCAAGUCGUGGUGGUUUCUCAACUCGUGGAAGAGGUUUCACUCAACAAGUUAGUAACUCUGGUGGGAACAACAACAACAACAACAAUAACACUCGUCCUGUCUGUCAGAUUUGUGGUCGUACAGGCCACUCUGCUCUUCGUUGUUGGAACCGCUUUGAUAACUCAUACCAAAGUGAUGACCUGCCUCAUGCUUUGUCCGCUUUCCCGGUCUCAGACCUCAGUGGCAGGGAAUGGAUAGCUGACUCUGGUGCCACAGCUCAUAUGACCUCCUCCACGUCUCAUAUGCAGAAUGCUACUCCGUACAAUGGUCCUGAGCACAUCAUGGUAGCUGAUGGCAAUUUCCUUCCUAUCACUCAUGUCGGUUCCACUACUCUCACCACUGAUACAGGUAGCCUCCCUCUUAACGAUGUCCUUAUAUGUCCAUCAAUGCAGAAGUCACUCUUAUCUGUAUCUAAACUGUGUGAUGAUUACCCCUGUGGGGUUUUCUUUGACUCUAAUGCUGUCUAUGUGAUCGAUCUCGAUGCUCAGAAGGUGGUGACAAAGGGACCACGAAAUAAAGGCUUGUAUGUGUUGGAGACUAGAGAGUGUGUGGCCUACUUCUCAAAUCGUCAGUGUGCAGCUAGUGAUAUAGUGUGGCAUCAGCGACUUGGACAUGCAAACUUUCAGAUUCUCCAACUUCUCAAGCACAGCAAGGCAAUCAUAGUCAAUAAGAGCAGCACAUCUCCUGUUUGUGGUCCUUGCCAAAUGGAAAAGAGUUCUCAACUUCCGUUUUUUAUUUCAGAGUCUAGUGUCAAGGAACUCAUAGAUCGGAUACAUUGUGAUUUGUGGGGUCCUUCUCCAGUUGUAUCAGUCCAAGGUUUCAAGUAUUAUGCAGUCUUUGUAGACAACUUCAGUCGUUACUCUUGGAUAAUUCCACUUAAAGCAAAGUCAGACUUUUAUGAUGUGUUUAUUGUCUUUCAAAAGCAAGUUGAGAACCAGUUUAACAAGAAACUAAAAGUGUUUCAGAGUGAUGGUGGUGGUGAAUUUACAAUUACCCGUUUCAGAAAUCAUCUCAGAGAUCAGGGGAUUAUUCACCUUCUCUCCUGUCCUUCAACCCCACAACAAAAUGGUAUUGCUGAGCGCAAACAUAGGCACCUCACUGAGCUGGGUCUUUCUAUGUUGUUCCAAAUUCAUACACCUCUCAAAUAUUGGGUUGAAGCUUUUUACUCUGCCAACUUCAUCAGCAACAUGAUCCCUUCUUCGGUUUUGAGUAAUAAAAGUCCCUCGGAGGUUCUGUUUAACAAGACACCAGACUACUCCUUCCUUCGAAUAUUUGGCUCUGCUUGUUAUCCUUGUCUGCGCCCUUACUCUCAAUACAAAUUUGAUCCCCGGUCGUUACAGUGUGUCUUCCUUGGAUAUCAUCCUCAAUACAAGGGCUAUCGGUUUUUACAUCCACCAACGGGGAGAGUAUAUAUCUCUCGACAUGUGAUCUUUGAUGAGCAGACCUUCCCGUUCACUGGACAAUACAAACAUCUCCUUGUACAACACGCUACUGGUCUUCUCAAGGCUUGGCAAGAUGGUACUGCACCCACUGCUCCUCCGGUUUAUCUUCCUACAGUUACUCCUCAGGUUACAGAGUAUCCUCAGACUGAGAGAAGUGUUACCACCGGACAUGAUAUGCCAGUAACGGUAGACGAAUCUCCACUACAGUCUAUGGCUGAUUCUCCAGACAUUGCUCCUAGGACUCCGGAGGAACCGGGACCUAGUCAUACUGCUCCUACGACUCCAGAGGAAACAGGACCAAGUCAUCCUAUGACUACUAGAUCACGUGCUGGCAUUAUCAAGCCGAACCCACGUUAUGCUUUGGUCGCAAGCAAGACUAUUCCCGCAUUGCCCAAGACGAUUGCUGAGGCACUAGCACACCCGGGGUGGAGACAGGCCAUGCUAGAAGAGCUUGAUUCUAUUUAUCAAAACAACACUUGGGUCUUGACUGAAGCUACAUAG